CCGUACCUCUACUGCAGUAGAACCCGCCAGAGAAGUGCUCUGACGCAAGAUGGCUUUCAGUUACCUACACCGCCGACUCAAUAUUUAGACAUCUGGCCUUAUAUAUGUGAUAUCUAUGAGCGCAAUGCGCAUCGGCCACCUGUUAAUGCGAUCUUUUCUAAAAUAGUCACCAUUUGGAAGCAGACCUUUUCCUUUUAAGCUAGACAGAUGUUCAGAAUUUUAGUGUCUUCCAAACAAGGUAAACUUAUAUUAAAAUAUUGACAUGCUUCUAAUUAAAGUUUUAAAGCUACGUACUUCUGGUGUAACAAGACAACGACAUAGUGAUGUCAAUGCCAGCUCGCAGGUUUUCUCCAGAGUGAGCAUCUUUCUUCAUUGAACAUCUCUGGUUCAUCACUCACUUCCAUCUCUGCUGAAGUUACCAUUAGCAACUGGGCAGCGCCCGGCUGAGCACUUGCUACAGAGGAACUCGCCUGCAAAAACACAGAGUAAAGUCAUAGAGUACUGGCAGUGAGCAUGUGAGCGUCAACAUGCUUUCAGCGUAGAAGGCUGGAGGGAGCGGCACCGUCAUGCUGCCGGGAGUCGGCGUGUUCGGGACGGGAAGUACAGCCCGAGUGCUGGUCCCGAUGCUAAAGGCGGAGGGCUUCGAAGUCCAUGCCCUCUGGGGGAGAAGCGAAGAGGAAGCGUGCGGCCUGGCAAAGGAGCUCGGUAUCCCGUUUCACACCAGUCGAUCCGAUGACGUCCUGCUACACCAAGACGUUGACCUUGUUUGUAUUUAUAUUCCACCCUCAAUGACAAGGCAGAUUGCUGUCAAAGCACUGGGUAUCGGUAAGAAUGUUGUCUGUGAAAAAGCUGCGACUGCAGUGGAUUCUUUCCAGAUGGUGAAUGCAGCUAGGUAUUACCCUCAACUGCUCAGCAUCAUGGGGAAUACCCUUCGUUUCCUUCCCACAUUUGCGGCCAUGCGGAAGCUGCUGGUCGAGGGUUACGUGGGUGAAGUGCAGGUAUGUGACGUACGCGUGUACGGCCCCAGCCUCUUAGACCGCUCGUACGGCUGGACUUGCGAGGACCUGAUGGGAGGCGGGGGCCUGCACACAGUGGGCUCGGCUGUCAUCGACCUUUUAAGUUACCUGACCGGGACGCGGGCCCAGCGGGUUCACGGCCUGCUGCGCACCUUCGUGCAGCAAAACGAUACCAUCAAAGGCAUCCGACGGGUCACUAGUGACGACUUUUGUUUCUUCCAAAUGUUGAUGGGGCCCUGCUCGGGCGGCGCGUGCUGCACCGUGACUCUCAACUUCAACAUGCCGGGUUCCUUUUUGCAUGAGGUGAUGAUCGUCGGGUCAGCGGGGAGAUUGGUGGCCAGGGGGACUGAACUGUUUGGGCAGCGUAACGGCAGCAAAAGCGAGGAACUCUUACUAGGCGACGGCGGCUGGGCCGGCCCUGACGUGAAAGACGUACCCAUGCCUCACCUUCGGGGGCUAGGCGCCAUGGUCAAGGCCUUGAGACAGUCAUUCCAAGCACACCAGGAGCGCAGGUUGUGGGCACACGGGCCAGUUGCCGCGGCACCCACAUUCGAGGACGGCCUGUAUGUACAGACUGUAGUGGAGGCGGUGAAGCGGUCCAGCUAUAGCGGAGAGUGGGAGUGUGUGGAUAUCAUGAAUAAAGAGCCCGAUCCCAACCACAACCUGUGUGAGGCCCUGCAGAGAAAUAAGAACUAAUCAAACACGUGUUGCAAAACGUUUGGGAUUUUGGCCUUAAAUGUCAGGAUGGAUUUAAAAUGCCCUAUAACCUUGACAAGUCAAAUUUAUUCAGCCUUCUCUAAAUUUUUGAAUGCACACAAUCAUGUUAAUGCCAAUAUACUAAUUAGACUGGAAACACUUUUUUUUUUUUUUUUUUUUUAGUUAGGUUCUGACAGCUGUUUACGACUUAAUGUUUGGUUGCGGAAUCCAAAACUGAUGUCAGUUUUUCUCUUAUCACAUAACUUUUUUACAUUUAUGAUCCCUUUUUUUUUCUUAAAAGAAAAUACUUAGUGUUCAAAUAUAGACACAAGGAAACUUGAAAGAAACAGGCAUGACUGCCAUGUUUAUUUAAUUAACACUAUUUAAGCUAGUUGUGUGCAAAUAAUAACAUUAUGGUAGGUGUGGAGAGAAAAAUAAAAUGAUAUGUGAAAAAAAAUACUGCAAUUUUGGAAUCAGUUCAGCAAUUUUAAUAUUAAAAAUCAAAUUCAACAGAUAUUUUUCCCCAAAUUGUUCCCAAGUGUUACGCAUGAUUUAGACAAGUAAAAUUUAGAAAAGGCUAAAUAAUUUGAUUUUCUUUUUUUUUUUUUUUUUUUUUUU